AUGCACUCCCCGCAUCUUAAGGAGACACAGCAAGCCCACGAAGAUGGUCUUUGGCGCGAUGUGCUUCUCAGUUCGCCCUGGUUUGACUGUCCUAUCUUUGAUGAAUUGCUGUACAAGCCACAGAUAAGGAAUGGCCCAGGCGGGGAGAAGCACGGAAAGGUUCGUAUGGUGAAGCGAAAUCCGCAUUUUGUGGAGUUGGAGGACGAGUUCUUGGAGAGAUGGUGGUUCAAAGCGGCAAAGUUGAAGUUGAGGAGGUUUGACAAUGGAGAUGCAGUGCUGCCCAUCACGGCACAGAGUUACAUGGAUAUGUACGGGGAGAAGGCGAUGGAAUGGGAUAUUGAGGAGGAAGAGGAUGAAAGUGAUGAAGAGACUGAGAUCGCCAUCGGUGAGGAUAUGCAGAGAGAAGACGAAGACGCUGAUGAUGAAGAGUCUAUCUGA